AUGCCCAACGAAGGGUUAGUGGUACCCUUCCUGGGUGCAUUACAAGCCUGUGUUUCCGUACUAUUAACAAUGUGCUACGGGUUUGCUGCUCGUCGGCUCCAAUUGAUCCACGAGACUACAAUCAAUGACAUGUUGGGAUUAGGCGUGAAAAUCCUCCUACCGGCACUACUUAUCGUGCAUCUAGGCGAACAGCUUCAUCUCGGGACAGCGAUGAACUAUAUUCCAGUCAUAAUCUGGUCAGUCCUCUACACAUCAGCAUCGAUUGGCAUUGCGCAUUUCUUAUCCCGUCUGCUUGGCCUACCUCAAUGGGUUAUACCGACUUGCGCUUUCAACAACACCACGUCUCUACCCUUGCUACUUCUCCAUUCCCUCGAGAGUGUAGGAAGUCUGAAACUGAUCCUACCUCAUGGCGAGUCCACAUCGUCAGCAAUCGACCGUGCUCAGAGUUACUUCCUUGUUUGCGGCGUAAUCAGCAAGACCAUCGCGUAUAUCGUCGGACCGAAGAUGUUACAAGAUCGCGGAGAUAAUCUUGAAUCAGAAGAGCGAAAUCACACCGCAAGCAUACUAGCGGAAGACGAGCGACUCAGUGAAGAAACCUCACUACUCCCACAGCGCGCCCAACAAGUCCGAAUAUCGACCGGGAACCUGAUCCGGCGACCGAUGCACUGGCUCGGCUCCUUAUUCCCUCACCGAGUCAAGCACGAACUCCUGGCACCAUUCGAGUCUCCAUUCGCGGACGUAGCAAUACUCUGCACGAUUCUCGGUACGGUGCUGGGCCUAGUGCCCUCGUUACACCGAGCUUUUUUCUUUGACGAGGAAGAUGGUGGGAUAUUCAAUGCGUGGCUGACUGCAAGUGUCGACAACAUCGGUGGGCUAUUUACAACGCUGCAAGUCUUCAUGGUUGGAUGUAAGCUUGGUAUUACAUUUGAGCGGAUGGUUGCAGAAGGAAAUUCGGCCCGGAUUCCUGCCAAAGCUAUCACGACGAUCUUUGUCGUUCGUUUGGUGGUCUGGCCGGCACUGAGUAUUUCACUGAUUUACGGACUAGCUAAGAGGACUAGUCUCCUUGGGGAUGAUCCAAUGCUUUGGUUUAGUAUGAUGCUGAUGCCUGCCGGUCCACCGGCGCUGGUGAUUUCGGGGUUGGCAGAAUUGGCGCAGGCGUCUGAGCUAGAAAAGAUGGUUAUUGCGAAGACGUUGACGAUCAUGUAUGCGUUAUCGCCAUUUAUAUGUUUUACCAUCACGGGAGCGCUUAAAGCUUCCGAGGCAGUGUUGAAAGAGAAAUGA